AUGUCCACGACCCCUGCACCCGCUAACGCUAAGCUAGCCAACGAACCAGAAAAUAACCUAAGAAGAAGUAGGCGGCUUCGUGAAAGAUCACUUGUUGUUGCACAAAGGAUUGCGGCCGCAAUCGACGAACUAGUGGUACUUUCUGAUAGCGAGAGUUCAGAGGAAGACAGAGGAAGCAUAAUGGCGGAGGACGACCAGCCUUUGAAUGAGACCGGCCGCCCAGGAGGAGAGGGCUUGCUACCGAGCAUCGCCCGACCUAUGAUAGCAGCACCGAGUUUUGAAAUCAAAUCUAGUAUAAUUAACAUGUUACAAAACUCUGUGCAGUUUGAUGGGAAGGAUCACAAAGAUCCAGGUCGGCACAUCGCUUCAUUUCUCGAAGUGUGCUCGACUUUCAAAAUUCGAGACGUUUCUGAAGACGCAAUCCGUUUGCGGCUAUUUCCAUUCUCUUUGCAAGACAAAGCCCGAUCUUGGCUUUUGUCACUUCCAGCAGGGUCCAUCACGACUUGGAAUGAGAUGGCAGAUCUUUUUAUGCAAAAAUACUUCCCGCCGGAAAAGACAGCUAAGCUAAAGAAUCGUAUAAUGACAUUUAAACAGGAUGAAGGAGAAUCUCUACACGCAGCUUGGGAGAGGUUCAAAGAUCUUCUGAUCGAUGUUCCACAUCAUGGGUUGUCCAAAAGGCAACUUGUGUUGAACUUCUACCAGGGACUCAGCUACGACUCACAAGAACGCAUAGACGUGUAUGUAGGAGGCGAUCUUGGAACUAAAACACCAAAGGAAGCCUACGCAAUUAUAGAGAAAGCUACCUUGAAGUCGAGUUCGCAUCACAGUGGAGUGCGAAAUAAAGCAUCAUCUAUUCCUGGAGUUCAUCAGGUGGAUACGUAUACAGUUCUUGCAGCGCAGAUCAGAGCUUUGGCAGCAAGGUUUGAUCAAGCUCAGAACGUUUCGAAGGUAAAAUCAUCAGGUGAGCAGUGUGGCGUGUCACACGAGCCAGGCUCCGGGAGCAGUUCCGAGCCUCACGCCUCUCAGAGUAACUCUAAGCUAGAGGAGAUGAUGGCACAGCUGUUAGGAAACUUUAAUUGUGCUAAUCAGAUAGCCGAGAACCGCUACCAACAACAUGAGGAACGAUUCAUGGCCCAAGAAGGGGAGAUGCGGAGUCAGAAAGCUUCUAUACAGACCAUUGAGAAUCAGGUAGGACAGUUGGCUAAAAUGUUGUCUGAGAGACCCCCGAGUGGUCUUCCAGGAAACACAGAGCCGAAUCCGAAAGGGCGUGUCAAUGCCCCGCACGUUUAA